AUGGGACAUGCGGAAUUCAAGUUUGGCGAGCCAGGCAGGAGACUCUCUGCUCGGCUGCGGGACCGACUGCGGAGCGGACGCCCCUCGGCGCGCCCCGAGCACUUUCCUCGGAGGAGCCUCCGCUGCCAGCCGCUCACCGCGGGAGCAGACAACAACCUCCUGAAGCCGCGGACCAAAUGGAGAGACGGAAAAUGGGAUGAGGUUUUGUAUGCAGACAUGUUUUUCACCCUCCGAAAUCAUCCGGAGUGGCAAAGGGACUGUGGAAUGGUACCAGAACAAGAUCUAACUGAUUUGUUUAAGCCUCCCCCUCGACCACAGGAACAGGAUGCAGACUCGGAUAGAACUCUGACCCCCCCGGACAGCCCUGUAUCUUCCUGUACUAGGAAGAAAACUACCUCAACAGCUUUACAAGCACCUCUCCGAGUGGCGGUGGGGCCGGAUGGUGGGACGAUGUUAAUCAAAGUACCCUUUUCUACUGCUGACGUAGGGGAAUGGAAAAAGGUUGCUAAAGAUUAUAGGAGUGAUCCGGCACUUCUGGGAAGGGACUUGUUGGAACAAUUGGGCUCACAGAGUGAAUAUGAAAAUCAAAGACAGUCUCUGGAGGUAAAAGAUCAGCAAUAUAUUCAAAUAUUGAGCCUAACCUUAACCAGUCUCCCCCUAGAAGGAAAUAUUAACGAGGACAUCUUAAACCAAGUGUACCCGGGGGUACGGGCUACCGAUGCACCUGGAAGAGCGAAAAGUGCUCCACCUGUUGAAGUUAGGAUCAAGGAAGGCCGAAAGCCGGUAAGAAUUAAACAAUAUCCCCUAAAGAAGGAAGACGGAGAAGGAAUCCGGCUGGUGAUAGAAAAAUUUUUGCAGUUGGGAUUAUUAAAAGAGUGUGAGUCUGAAUUCAAUACCCCUAUAUUAGCUGUUUGGAAGCCCGAUGGGUCAUAUCGGGUGGUCCAAGACUUCCGGGCGGUGAAUAGGAUAACUGAAGAUCUUUACCCGGUAGUGGCGAACCCAUAUACCCUGUUGACCGUAUUAACACCUGAAUUGACUUGGUUUACUGUUUUAGAUUUGAAGGAUGCUUUCUUUUGCCUCCCUCUCCAUGAAGCCAGCCAAAAAUUAUUUGCAUUUGAAUGAGAAAACCCCAAGAGUGGUCAAAAGACCCAGCUCACUUGGACGGUGUUGCCACAAGGAUUUAAGACUAGUCCUACCAUUUGGCAAUCACUUGUGAAAGACUUAGGAUCCUGGGAAGCCCCGUAUGAGGAGGGGAAGCUGUUGCAGUAUGUGGAUGAUACCCUGAUCGCCACCAAAACAGAGAAAAAUUGUAUGACAUGCACGCCACUGAACAGAAUCACCUUGAGUGGAACAAGGAGACCGAACGAGCCUCUGAGCUACUGA